AUGGUCCAGGAACUGAAAGGACUGGGCAUCGAGGUCAUGAUCUCAGUGUGGCCAACCAUCGAGCCAGCUUCCGAGAAUUGGGAUGAGAUGCUCGAGAAGGGUCUUUUCAUCCGACACGAUCGUGGUCCGAGAGUUACAAUGCAAUGCGUGGCAGACACAACGCACUUCGAUGCUACGAAUCCGGAGGCCCAGAAGUUUGUUUGGUCGACGGUCAAGCAGCAUUACUAUGACCAUCUCAUCAAGCUGUUCUGGCUCGAUGAGGCAGAGCCAGAGUAUAGUGUCUACGACUUCGAUCUGUAUAGAUACCAUGCUGGGCCGAACAUGCAGUUCGGAAAUGUGUACCCUAGGGAGUAUGCUCGAGCCUUCUACGAAGGCAUGGCCGCCGAAGGACAGAAGGAUAUUGUAAACCUACUCCGCUGCGCCUGGGCAGGUAGUCAGAAGUACGGCGCACUCGUGUGGAGUGGAGACAUUGGUUCUUCAUGGAGCUCCUUCCGAAACCAGCUCGCUGCAGGUCUCAACAUGGGCAUGGCAGGUAUUCCCUGGUGGACCACCGACAUUGGCGGCUUCCAUGGCGGUAAUCGAGAUGAUUCCGAGUUCCGCGAACUCUUUACUCGAUGGUGCCAAUGGGGAGCUUUCUGUCCCGUGAUGCGACUGCACGGUGACCGAGAGCCGAAGCCACCAGGUCAAGAGACGGCUUCCGGGGCGCCGGAAGAGGUGUGGUCGUAUGGGCCGGACGUGCUGAAGAUAUGUGAGAAGUACAUCAAGAUCCGGGAGGAGAUGAGGGAGUAUACGAGAGGGCCGAUGAAGGAGGCUCAUGAGAAGGGUACCCCUGUUAUUAGGGCGUUGUUCUACGAGUUUCCGCAGGAUGCCAAGGCGUGGACUGUUGAGACUGAGUAUAUGUUUGGUGGGAAGUACUUGAUUGCCCCCGUGCUUGCUGCUGGACAGCGGAGGAUCAAGGUGUAUUUGCCAGUUGGGGCUUUGUGGAAGUCGUGGGAUGGUGGGUCUUCGUAUGAUGGUGGUAGCGAGGUGGAGGUGGAUUGUCCGAUAGAGACGAUGCCGGUCUUCGUGCGGCAGUAG